CUUACGAACCUAGACGACUGUACGACUGUAUUUGACGAUCACACAGCACUGGAUCCCAUACCAGUAUCAUUGCCGAGACAUGGGCAGAGGUUCCACAGAUAACACGGCAAAUCCGAACGAUUUGACCGGGAUUCCAGCGGGUCCUACCACGGAGCAACAGGGCACUCGCGGACACAAAAGAAAGCAGACAUUGCUGAGCUUGUUGGACGCGUUGGCUGAGCUGAGCAAGGAUGAGGAACUCGAUGGACUGAUUCCCAACCAACAACCAAGCUUCGAGGAUGAUCGUGACGUUCCGACUGUGGAUGAACACUUGCAAAAGGUCGGCGCCGAGGCCUUCAACAAGUUCCAGAGACGCGUGAUGAACCUAGACAAAGAGCUACGAAACUUUGCCAAUGCUGCACGGCAACUCGGGUCGUCUGUCGGCAUUCUCUCCUCGUCAUAUCACUUGCGAGGGCGGCUUGCGCAGAUCCUCUACCUGUUCCGCGAGAAUGCCGCCGACCUGUUCCCUCGCAAGGUCUCGCGGCAGUCGCGCGAGUCGAUCACCAGCACCAGCCCCUCGCAUUUCCGUGUCAAGGGCAAGCGCCAUCGGGCCCCUCCGCACGUCCACAACCCUAUAGUUAUGGAAAAGCUGGAGCCCGAAGACUUCCCAGAGCAACUGCAGAUGUUUGCGCAGGAUGUCACCACGUUCCUAGACUGCCUGAACGAGUUCCCGGAGUUUACAGAUGAAGCCGUUAAUUCAGCUAUCUUAGCGCUUGAAGGCGAUCUAAAGUAUUGGGCUUCGUGCUUGAAGGCAUACGAAGGACAAUUCAAGUAUCCCGCGGUUCAGCGCUACCUGCACGAUCUGAGCUCAGAGAUGGGCGAGCACAUCGACAAUAUCACCUCAUCCCUGUCGGUCUUCAUCGAGAUAGGUGUGCCGACGAUUCGAUUUGCGCAGAAGCACGCCAGCCAGAACCUGUUGAACCUCAGUACGGUGGCGACCUUCUUCAGUGCUGUCACUGCCACAACUAUGCAAUUCUCGUUCGAUACAACGGACUCGAAGCUGGCGAACGCGGUCAACUCGUUCUGGUUCACUUCUCUGGUGUUCAGUAUUGGCGCUGCUGUCAAUAGUCUGCUCGGAGUGACGUGGAAGCAGGCGAUGUAUCGUUCGCCCGGUCAUCGAGUGCCGUGGUGGGUGCUUAUCUGGAUCAAGAGGUCGCCGCUUGCUUUCCUUGUCUUGUCCGUCGCGUGCUUCUCCAUUGGUCUCGUCCUCUUCGCAUACUCCUCGGGCCAGCAUCAAGUGACCUGCACCCUCACCACGGUCUUCUCGGCGUGCAGUAUAGUUGGCCUCACAGCCGUCUCUGCAUGGUUCGCAUCGGAGCGCUGGACAUUCUCGCGGCACCACGGCACCAAGUGGCUCGCCGACGUCCUUUCCGAGACCCGUGUCAGGGUGAAGUCCACGCGCGGUAUCCGGUGGCUUAUCUACGAGCCCCGCGCGUGGGCGUGGGCAGGUUCGCGGUGGACGCAGCAUCACUUCCGCAAGCUCAGUGACGCCGUGUCGGAGCUCAGCGCGCGCACCAUCUCCCGACUCAACUCAGAUUCCGACGAGAAGCUUGCGGACACCGAACGCGGCGUCACGCCUGUCUCGCCCCUCCCAGGAUGCACCAGCCCGGAGCCCCUCUCGCCCAUCAUCAUGCGCCGCGGUGCGUCCGACAGUGGUCCGCUACUGCCGAUUGCGGAGGUGCGCACGAACACCGCGAUGUCGGUUGGCGGCGAGGAAGAUGGUACGGCGAGCAUCAUGAGCGACACCGUCGGGCCUCUACCGGCUCCUGGUCGCGGACGAUUCGCGAACGCUGUACGCGCGGUGAUCAAAAUGCGCGCGGCGUCGACUGCGUUCCCUGUGGACGGACGUAACCCGCGUCGCCAGCGGACGAUGUCGUCGGACGGAAUCGGGUCGGCAUUGGAGCCGGUAGGCGUGCUGAAGACCUCGCGUGUGGGCACGCUGGUACCGAAACUGCGCAGCCUGCAUCCGACGCAGUCGUUCGAGGCGCAUUUGGCACUGGUGCGGCACCUGCAGUUCUCGCCGAACGGCAAGUUCUUGGCCACUUCCAGUUGGGACAGGACGUCGGUGAUCUUCAAAGUCGGCGUAAGUAAGAACGUGCACGGUCUGGCUAGCGUACCAAUCGGUGCACAGGAAACCUUCACGUCGCAUCGUAUCCUGGCGCACCCGCAAGGCUUCGUUGGACAGGUCGCCUGGUCACCAAGCGGACAUUUGCUGCUUACCAAGCUCGGCCGUGGCGUCAAGAUUUGGACGGAGGACGGUGUGUGCAAACGGACAAUCGACCGGCGUCGGAAUGUGCAGUCGAUAACGUGGAUGCCUGGUGGCGAAGCGUUCUUAUCUGUUGAGGGCAGCGAUGUGACAAAAUUGGAUUUGAACGGAACGGUACUCGCAACAUAUCACUUCGACAGAAUGGUUUUGCACGACGUCGCAGUGACGCAGGACGGCGUGCGCAUGGUAUGCGUCGGUACACUCACGGCAUCUUCGGACGGCUUCCACCCAAGCAAAUGCAGGGCAGAGAAGCAGAUCAUAGCAUACAACAUGGUGAAGUCGGAAAUAGAGAACCGGGUCCCUGUGCUGCAUGAGGUUCGUGAUAUCACCUUGGCUAGGAAUGACCAGGUCGCCCUGGUCAGCUACGAGAAUAAGGCACCACCUCAAUUGUGGAAACUCGACCCAGUCAAGGACUCUGUUCGGCUCUCACUCAGACAUACGUACAUGCCAAAGGUCACUGUCGAUUUCGCUGGCCCUAGCUACUUCGGAGGCAAGAACGACCAGCUGGUACUCUGCGCUGGAAAGGCUGGCGACAUCCACAUUUGGGACCGAGAAUCUGGAACACUGCUGCAACACAUUCGCGCACAAACCGUCGGCGGCGACCUCACCUGCAUAGCCUGGAACCACGCUUGGGACACCUUCAUGUUCGCGACCGGCAGCCACGACGGUGGCGUGCGGAUCUGGACGACCCCACCGCACAUUACGGGAUCUAUCGAGAGUUCGGCCGUACCGUCGCGCGGAACAACCACCCCUGCGAACACCCCACGGACGAUGUCUCCCGCGCCGUACGACGCCGACUACCGGACAGAUAGCCCAACAGGACAGACAGAAUCCGCGUCCCCUGAAGGCUCUCUCCAACCGACUUCGCAAAAUGCUUUCGGGACGCCUUCAGUCACGCUUCGCCCGGCCGCACCGUCCAGCUAGCCCGGAGCCCUCCCGUUCUCCUUUCUAUUCUCAGGGCGGUAGCCCGUUAAAUGGGCCCUCUGGUAUGUGCAAAAGUAUGUCGCAUCAUGAUGACCGUUCUGUUAGAUCUCUGUCUGUACUACUACAACGACGCUUUACGUUUUAUGGCUCUCCGAUGACUCUACGCAUAUCUCAUGUUUACAUGUACCUGUACGCACUAGAAAUUCACAUAUU